AUGCACGGUAGAAUAAAAGUUCGAACAUCUGAAGAGGAAAAAGCGAAAAAGGAAAAGGAGAGACAAGAGAAGUUAAAGUUUUUUAAACAUGCUAUGCAAAAAAUUCAAUCUAAAAGAAAAGAAGGAGAAGAAGAUGAUGAACAAUUGGGUAUAAUUGAAAAGGUCUUAUUGGCUAAUCCUGAUAUUUAUACAUUGUGGAAUAUAAGAAGAGAUAUAUUGAGCAAUUUUAAGAAAAUAAAAUCUGAGGAAGAGAUGGUAAAACUCUAUGAUUCAGAACUAACUCUAACUGAAUACUGCCUUAAAGUUAACCCUAAAUCUUACUGUGCUUGGCAUCAAAGAGAAUGGGUCCUAGUUAAUAGGUCUGAUCCAAACUGGAAAAAAGAACUUGAUCUCUGCAAUACAUAUCUCAAGAUAGAUGAAAGAAAUUUUCAUACAUGGGAUUACCGCCGUUUUGUUGUCGGCCAAUGUAAACCACCUUUGCAAGAUGAAUUUGACUAUACCACGGAAAAACUAUAUGACAAUUUCUCCAAUUAUUCAGCUUGGCAUUAUAGGAGUAAAAUGUUAGUUGAAUUAUAUCCUGAUUUAGAAGGUGGACGACCAAUUCAAGACAGCCAUCAUAAACAUGAGUUAAAAAUGGUCCAGAGUGCAGCAUUUACAGAUCCUGAUGAUACUAGUGCUUGGUUUUAUCAACGGUGGUUAUUAGGUGCAGUAAAAGAGUAUUUAAAUAACAAUAUCCAACUGUACAUAAAUGAUGAAUGUGUCAAUGGGGAAUGGGAAUCUUGUACAGGAUAUGAGUAUGAUGAUCUGUGGAUACUUAAACAUUCACAUAAAAUUUUAACUAAGUCUCAUAUUAAGGUGGAGUAUAUAAUGAAUAAUAAUGGGAAACAGUCAAUAGUAUGUAAUGAGUAUCAACCCUUGGUAUAUAUUGGGAAAAGUGAAAUUAGUUUUCAAAAUCAGUACUCCAAACCUGUUGUAGAAGAGUUAAAUGAUCAACUUGAUUCCUGCAGACAGCUUCUGGCAUUGGAGCCAGAUAAUAGAUGGACAUUAUUGACAACAACAGUGUUUCUCCAUUGUAUAGAUCCCAAAUUACAUCAUCUCGAAGUUAUAGAUAAUUUGCAGAGAUUAAAAAAAUUAGAUUACCAAAGAGCUGGGUACUACAAUGAUUUAAUAUCAAUGUGGAGCAUUGAGCAACAGUUACAAAAUGAUUAUAAUGAAAAUAUUGACAAAUUUCAUAUAAGAUUUGGUGAAAAACUUACAAGUUUACCUCAUUUGCAAUAUUAUAGUUUCUGUCAAACAGUUGACUUGUCCAAUCAAGAAUUAACAUCAAGAAUAUUGCCAACACUUAUAAAGCUGCAACAUUGCAAGAUAUUGGAUCUGUCGAAUAAUAAAUUAACAUCUCUGGAUGGGUUUCCUGCGUUACAAUUGGAGCAGUUAAUUUUAAAAGGAAAUGAAAUUAAGGAGGAGGAUAUAGCUUCAUUCAAAGAAAAACAUUGUGUUACAAAAAUAAUUAUUUAA